AUGGUAGGUACUCGUAGUAAUGAUAACCCGUCUAGUAGCAGUGUCUCGCAGCCCGAAGUGGACCCGAGCCAACUUCUGGCGAUGAUUCAGGGAUUGGCCACGAAUCAGCAGCACCUAGCUGGGCAGCUGCAGCGGGAGCCUCAACACCAGCCUCCCCCUCGUCCAGAGUCUAGCGUCAGGGAGUUUCGGUAUAUGCAGCCCCCUUCUUUCUCUGGUGCUGAAGGACCCCUAGCAGCGGAGGAAUUCUUGAAGGUCACUGAGACUAUUCUCACGGUGACCCGUGUUGCCCCUGCUGAAUGGGUGGACCUUAUGGAUAUUCAGCUCACCGACACCACUCGGAUUUGGUGGACUGCAGAGAAGGCUCAUUUGGAGAGACCGAUUUCGUGGGAAACCUUCACAGACCGUUUCAACAGGAAGUACUUCCCUCAGUCAGCUCGGGACGAGCUUUUGCGAAGAUUUGUGGAGCUCAAGCAAGGAGGGCGAACAGUUGAUGAACCUACUAUCAGGAGGCAUCAGUUUCAGAAGGGCCUGUAUAAGUAUAUCAGGUUUGCUCUAGCUGGUAGAGCACUUGCGACCCACGACGCCGUGUUGGAUGCAGCACGCGAGAUCGAGAGCGUUCAGAAGGAACCUGAAGACCCGCACGUGAUUCAGAGCAGGACACCAGCAGCUCCGGCCCGGAAUGUCGAGCGUCCCCCUUCGAGACAGCAGCAGCAGGCCCCGCAGAGGCAGCAGCAUUCUCAGCGUCAGCCAUUUCAUCAGGCUCACCCUUAUCAGCAUCCUGGAGUGCAGUCUCAGAGCCAGUCUUCGGUGAGGUGUUCUUAUUGUAGAUACCCUGGGCAUACCGAGCAGGAGUGUCGCAGGCGUCAUCAUCUGUGCUAUGUUCGAGCGGCUCUUCCAGCUCCACCUCGAUCAGACUCAGCAGCUCCAGCUCAGCACAGACCCUAUCCUUGA